AUGAAAGUGCACAAAGCUCCAUCCAAUCCCAAGCAGAUGUCCAUGAGGCAACACUAUAAGGACAAGUGGUUCAAGCCCAACAAAAUCCCCAACUCAGACUCUUCAAACCUCAGCCCAAGCACUGCCAUGGUCAAGCUAGAGCACCAGGCAUCUAACCUUAGAAAGGACCAGGAUAACCUGAAGAGACUGAAGGAGGCCAAGGCAAUGUGCUUCAGACAGGUCAAGGCUCUGGCGGACACGGGGGGGGGGGACCCCCACUCACCCCCUGACCAACAGGGGAGUAGGUGGUUCAGAGCAGGGCAUUGACUCAGGCAAGUCCCAAGACUGGAGCUCCUUUGCCAAGUCUGUUCUACAUCAGAAUGGUGAUGGAGAGCGUAUGGACGGCCAGGAGAGUUCUGUCUCAGCCAAAGCAGCACCUGGCUGGAUAGAGGAGGCGGCUUUCGUUCACUGCAGAGCGAGACCACGUCCAAAAUCGCACAGUGCUGGUGAUGCAACAGGGUCAGGGACGUGCACAGGCUUUUAGGCUACACUUUUGACUUUUCAGUGGCAACUACACUCCCUGCCAUAAGCUACUUGCUCUGAUGUUUUUUCACUAAUACCAUCAGUGUUGUUUCUUACAUGGUAUUAUUAAUUUGGCCAUGCUGUGGGAUUAAAGUUAUAUAAAUCAUCUUCAUCUCUUUCUUCUGCAGACCCUGUGUUUUAGGGGGAAGUGCCUUCUAUCAUUUAUGUACGGUCGGGUGGAGGUGGAUGGUUUCACCAUUGAGGAGGGUCAGCAGUCCUACCCGCUGUUCUCCCCCUCCUCACAUUUCCCCCUCACCCUCACAGCACUGGGGGACUCCCCUAACCCCAGCAAGACCAAGAAAGCCAUCUAGUGGCCAAAGCCAUUGUCCGCAAGUACCUCUCAGGUAAGGAGAGCCUUUGAAUGACACCAUGCACCCUUGAAAUUAUUUGCAUGAUACUUUCCUCAGCUGCCUUCUUUUAGUGAUUGUUUACAGUUAUAGGCCUAGUUAGAUCACCCUUGAAUCAGUAAAUUGUUUUGUUUUGCGUUUAAAUGCUGCUCUUUAAGGUUGCUCCAAUCUUAAUUUUUUGUGUUCUGUUUAGAGACUCGUAAGAGGCUGUUUAGUGAAGUAGAUUCAGAUUCCAGUGUGAUCCUGCUGGAGCCCCUGGAUACCCCUCUGACGCGGUUCCUCACCAGUUUCCCAGACCUCAACGAGCUGUUUGGACUCAGUUCAGUGGGUUGACACUGACAGUCCCAUCUAUCUACAGCCCUUUCAUAUAGACUUUUAUUGUACACGCCUCUUAUUUGUAGAGUUACUGUGAAGCACUUUGUGACAACUGCUGAUGUAAAAAUGGCUUUAUAAAUACAUUUGAUUUAUUUGAUUGAUAGAGAGACAUCCGAGACAGCUCAGCCAUGCUGGACACACCGCUCUCUGGCGUUGGCAUGACCCCACUACGGAAAGCAGCCGGAGGCAUGGUGAUGUCACAGACCUACAGGGAGGCUCUCAGCAGCCUGGUUAACGCCUGUGGAGGUAAACACACACACAGCCCUGCUAUCUUAACAUGAUAAACAGGUCCCCUUCAGUCCUUUUCUAUAGACAAGCAUGUUACGUUGUAGCGGUAUUGUUAGAGGGGUAAAGAUGAAGAUUUUUGUUUGGGGGGCAGGCAGGUAUUAACCCUGCCGAAAGGAAAAGAGUAGGAUAGAUAGAGUACCACUACCAGACACACACACACACACAUCAGCAGAAGAGACUGCCUAGAGGGUAGCCUCUUUGCCAGAUUGCCAGUGGAGAGAAAGGAUAAGACACACCAUCUAAAACACACGUUACAGCACAAUGGCAACCCAACCAAUAAUAUCUCAUAUGAGAAUAAUGGCAGAGGAAUUCAAAGGCAACUUCAUAGAAACUAUUGACAAGAAAGAACCCAGUCAUAAACCUUAGAGAAUUUGCAAUAUUCUGUUUUACCAUCCAGUGGAUAACUCCAAUAUAUUAGUAUCACUCCGCGGUGGAGGGAUACAUCCGAGGUGAGGAUUUACAGAUUUACUCCCGUGUACACCUGUGUCACGGCUGGGGUCCGCCCCUAUAUAUAGACCCCAUGGCCGCGACACACGUUCUUUCAUUUUCUCGGCGGACGUCCGUAUGGUUUGAGGUACAAACUUUCUGAAGUUCGCUUGGUAAGUCACUGUUAAGUGUAAUAUCUUGCGUGGAAGUAUACUCACUGGCUGUUUGCAGCCUGGACCAGCUGGCAACAUGGCCAGCCCCUCCUUUUGAGUGCUCCACUCGCUGCGCGCGGUUGAUCUGUAUCUUCCGCCUGUGGUUUGUCGUACUUGUGUUUCGUUAGCGUUACACUACGACUCCGUGUGCCUUCCUCUGACACUGCCUGGUAUAGAGGUCCUGGAUGGCAGGAAACUUGGCCCCAGUGAUGUACUGGGCCGUACGCACUACCCUCUGUAGUGCCUUGCGGUCGGAGGCCGAGCAGUUGCCAUACCAGGCGGUGAUGCAACCAGUCAGGAUGCUCUCGAUGGUGCAGCUGUAGAACUUCUGUAGAAGAUCUGAGGACCCAUGCCAAAUCUUUUCAGUCUCCUGAGGGGGAUUAGGCUUUGUCGUGCCCUCUUCACGACUGUCUUGGUGUGUUUGGACCAUGAUAGUUCUUGGUGAUGUGGACACCAAGGAACUUGAAGCUCUCAACCUGUUCCACUACAGCCCCGUCGAUGAGAAUGGGGGCAUGCUCAGUCCUCUUUUUUUUUCCUGUAGUCCACAAUCAUCUCCUUUGUCUUGAUCACGUUGAGGGAGAGGUUGUUAUCCUGACACCACACGGCCAGGUCUCGGACCUCCUCCCUAUAGGCUGUCUCAUCGUUGUCGGUGAUCAGGCCUACCACUGUUGUGUCGUCAGCAAACGUAAUGAUGGUGUUGGAGUCGUGCCUGGCCAUGUAGUCAUGGGUGAACAGAGAGUACAGGAGGGGACUGAGCACGCACCCCUGAGGGGCCCCCGUGUUGAGGAUCAGCGUGGCAGAUGUGUUGUUACCUACGCUUACCACCUGGGGGCAGCCCGUCAGGAAGUCCAGGAUCCAGUUGCAGAGGGAGGUGUUUAGUCCCAGGAUCCUUAGCUUAGUGAUGAGCUUUGAGGGCACUAUGGUGUUGAACGCUGAGCUGUAGUCAAUUAACAGCAUUCUCACGUAGGUGUUCCUCUUGUCCACGUGGGAAAGGGCAGUAUGGAGUGCAAUAGAGAUUGCAUCAUCUGUGGAUCUGUUGGGGCGGUAUGCAAAUUGGAGUGGGUCUAGGGUUUCUGGGAAAAUGGUGUUGAUGUGAGCCAUGACCAGCCUUUCAGAGCACUUCAUGGCUACAGACGUGAGUGCUACGGGUCGGUAGUCAUUUAGGCAGGUUAUCUUAGUGUCCUUGGGCACAGGGACUAUGGUGGUCUGCUUGAAACAUGUUGGUAUUACAGACUCAGUCAAGGACAUGUUGAAAAUGUCAGUGAAGACACUUGCCAGUUGGUCAGCACAUGCUCGGAGUACACAUCCUGGUAAUCCGUCUGGCCCUGCGGCCUUGUGAAUGUUGACCUGCUUAAAAGUCUUACUCACAUCGGCUACGGAGAGCGUGAUCACAUAGUCAUCCGGAACAGCUGGUGCUCUCAUGCAUGCUUCAGUGUUGCUUGCCUUGAAGCGAGCAUAGAAGUGAUUAAGCUCAUCUGGUAGGCUUGUGUCACUGGGCAGCUCGCGGCUGUGCUUCCUUUUGUAGUCUGUAAUAGUUUUCGAGCCCUGCCACAUCCGACGAGUGUCAGAGCCGGCGUAGUACGAUUCAAUCUUAGUCCGGUAUUGACUCUUUGCCUGUUUGAUGGUUCGUCGGAAGGCAUAGCGGGAUUUCUUAUAAGCGUCCGGGUGGCUCUCGCUGCACAAGUAUGGUGGCUCUCGCUGCACAAACUGUAAUUUACCUUACACAACUUGCCGACUGGCUUGUUCUAUGUGUGUGUUGUGAAUUGUUUUAACAUGCUGCUCCCCGCGCCAUAGUCGCGAGUUCUCUGCUAAUUACCCUGCAGGGUUUUUUCUUGUUCUUUCCCCUGCAGAGUGUAAGAGUAUCGUCAAGGGCUUUCCACUACGUUGAGACAUUAACUUUGGAGUUCCUUAACGGAGUUACUCCAUCAUAUGGUGCUGUUUUUGCUGCUUGGAUAUUAAACCGGCUAGGUAAUAUUGCAGUUGGCGUAAAACAAAAACACAAAUAAAUCAAAUCCAUUACCUGGUUGCUGUUUUUUUGUCAUUCAUCGCACCCAGCGGCUCAAGAGGCUAUGAGGAGCCUACUCACUCGGGUAGCCACUGCACUGAACAUCAAACUGGUGGACAGUGAUGACUCUUCAUCUGUCCCCAUCUCUGCUGAGUUCCGCGAGGCCUUGCAGGAGAGCUGGACCUCUGCCAGGCGACGCUUCCGACUCACAGCAGAGACUGGACCAUGGAGUUAUGUUGCGGAGUCACUCUGCCUCCGGGAGAUUAUAGGGCGGAACCUGCGACUGAUCAGGGAUCAGGCGAUCUUAUCUUGCCUCGACCACUUUCGGCAGGGGCGGGUGGUAUCCGCCCUGACCUGCCAAUGCCUGUUGGGCUUGCUGACGGCGGCCUCGUUGCUGAUUCCCCUGAGCCUGCUCCAUCUCUGGCUUCCUCAACGGUGGUUCAACUCCCACCGGCUGCACCCGAAGCGCCACCGCCAGCUGUGGGUGACCGCACAGUGCCUCAGGGCAUUGUUGAGGUGGCGCUGUCGCUCCUUUCUCUCAGGUGGGGUGGAGAUGCUGAGGAUGUGCUGCCCGGGAGCUUGUCGACACAGACGCCUCCAAGAUCGGCUGGGGGGGUGUGACCAACGGCAGGUCAGCCAGCGGCUGUUGGUUACCCCCUUGGAGCGGCAGGCACAUCAAUACACUAGAGCUCCGAGCUGUACUGCUGGCCCUGCGGUCUUUCCUUCCAUGUCUGAAGGGAAGACAUGUCCUGGUGAGAAUGGACAACACCACAGUGGUGGCUUACAUCAACCAUCAGGGUGGACUGAGGACCCACCGUCUCCUUAUGGCACGGGAGCGCCUUCUCUGGGCUCAGGGACGUCUAGCAUCUCUAUGCGCAGCGCAUGUACGUACCUGCCAUCCUGAAUGUGGCAGCGGAUAUGGUCUUGAGGGAGGGCCCGCCACCUUGGGACUGGAGCCUACAUUCCCAGGUGGUGCAGCACCUGUGGGACAAGUUCGGGAGGGCACAGGUGGACCUGUUUGCCUCCCUGCUGUCUCAGGCCGGGGGAACUCUGUGGCAUCCGAGACCGCACCGCCUCAGUCUGUGGGCUUGGCCGCUGAACGGCACCAAUGGUCCAUGUUAGGACUACAGGAGGGCAUAAUGAACACCAUGCAGAGCGCAAGGGCACCGGCUACAACCGCGGCAUACCAGUUGCGCUGGCGGUUGUUCUGCUCUUGGUGCACUGGUAUUGAGGUUGUGCCCGAGUCAUGCGGGGUACAGUAUGUCCUCCAAUACCUGCAGUCUUGCUUGGAUGAGGGCUUGGCAGCCUCUACACUGAGAGGGUAUUUGGCCGCUAUAUCUGCCUGCCAUGUGGGUUGGAUGGACAGGCCAGUUGGGGCGCCAUCCCUUGGUCUCCAGGUUUAUGAAGGAGGUUCGUCGCCUGCGUCCAGCUAGGAUCCGCUCUAUGGUGAGCUGGGAUCUGGAUGUGGUCUUGGCAGCUUUGGCAAAGCCGCCUUUCGAACCGUUGGAGUCUGCCUCCCUGAAACACCUCUCUAUGAAGGGGGUUUUCUUGGUAGCGAUUCCUUCCAUGAAGAGGGUGGGUGAGCUCCAUGCUUUUUCGGUAAGUUCUGAGUGCUACCGGAUGGACGUCGUGGGAGGAGUAUACCUCGCCGCCCAACCCUUCAUUCCUCCCAAAGGCUCUGUCAGACAGGCAUGUGAACAUCCCUUUUAUCCUGUCUGCUUACGGGGAGUCUGGGCCACCCUCCGGCAUGCUGUGCCCUGUGCGGGCACUGGCUGCCUAUGUGAAGCGGACACGGUCAGUGAGAACAACAGACCAGCUCUUUGUCUGCUAUGGUGAAAGAGUCCUGGGGGCUGGGCUAUCAAAGCAGAGGCUCUCUCAAUGGAUGAUGGACACGAUUACGACAGCAUACCACCUGGCUGGCAGGCCAGUGCUGGGAUCUGUGUUGGCACAUUCAACACAAGGUGUGGCUGCGUCCUGGGAUCUACUGAGAGGAGUGCCCCGAGCUGAUAUCUGUGCUGCGGCCAGCUGGGCUUCCUCUUGCACCUUUGCUAGGUACUAUCGGGUAAAUGUGGCACCUCCCUCUGCGGUUGGUUCAGCGGUCCUGGGCGUCGCCUCCCCUUCUGGGGACUGUGCCGGAACCCCCCUUCCACAUUGACGGCCCCUGCGUCUCGGUUCCACGCUGAGACUUCGCCGCUGGCUGGCCAGGUCCCUCUAGCACCGACUAAAUCUGGUACGGGUAUACCAAUAUAUUGGAGUGAUCCAAUAUAGUGAAACAUAAUGAAGGUUAUGUAUGUAACCACGGUUAUGUGAGCUAUAUGGAUCACUCCAAUCCUCUACGGUGCUAGAGGCGCCUCAAAAAUGAUGUAGAGAACGUGUGUCGCAGCCAUGGAGUCUAUAUAUAGGGGCGGACCCAGCCGUGACACAGGUGUACACGGGAGUAGCUGUUGACUUCAAGCUUGCAGCUGCACUGUCUGUCCGUCUGAUACACCUGUUGGUUUGUUUGUCAAAGCUUCGCAACAAUGUUGCUACUAAUCCAUGCGAUCAAUGACAAGAGCGAUUCAAACACGACUUUGAGCGGUAACACCAGCGAUUGACUUCAACACUUUACAAACUAAACACGCUGAAAAUAAACAUGACUUCUGCAAAGAGUUGCACACACUGUCAAAACCGCCACGCCAACCAAGAGCCCCCACACAGAGCUGGAAGAGCUAUCUUUAUUUCCUCCUUCCUGACUACUGAUGCGCUCUUAAAGUGGCAGCGCACGGUGAAGGCUCCGUGCAGGAUUUCGCCACAACGUUUCUGUUGUAUAAUACAACUUGUAUUCCACAUGAGGGAUACUGAGAUGUUUUAACUGGAUGACUUAUUGACUGUUGUUAUUUUCCAUCUACAGAGGAGCUAGAUGGCUGUCCAGUUAUUCUAGUAUGUGGUGCUAAGAAUAUUGGGAAGUCCACCUUCAACUGUCACCUUAUCAAUACCUUACUAAACCAGUGAGUAGUGUGUUUGUUACUUUAUGUUUAUUUGGUUGAAAGGUUAUGCAGUGAUACAAUGCCCAUAGCAAUAACCCAGUGUGUGUGUGUCAUUGUGCGUGUGUGUGCGCAGCACUGCAAGUGUAGAAUACCUGGAGUGUGACCUGGGCCAGACAGAGUUCACUCCCUCAUGUUGUCUCUCCCUAUCUACUGUCAGAGAGCCACUGCUGGGUAUGUACUGUACUGCCUUCCAUCACAAUCACAUGUGCAAUACAUUUUAGUGCAAUGAAUACGAUUUCCAAUGCAUUCAUUACUCAAAUGGCAAAUGCACUUGAACUACUUGCAUAUCCCCAAUAUUGUCAUUGGUUCUAUAAAUGUUUGGGGUCUUAACUAACCCUAUUGAACCCUUGUCUGUCUGUCUUGUGGUUUCCAGGGCCCCCCUUCACACACCAGUGGGCCCCAGAGCACAUGAUCUUCUAUGGCCAGUCGUCCUGUGAAACAGACCUGGACCGCUAUCUGGAGUCUCUCAAGUCCCUGUGGCGCUUGUAUAAAGGAGAGACGCCCAUAGUCAUCAACACAAUGGGCUGGGUCAAAGGUCAGUAACGCAGUAUUCUUGGCAACCUGGGGACAAAACUGCUACAUUUGUCACAAACUGUCAUGUUCAUGUUUCGCCCAAUCCUCAAAAAGGGGGGAAAGCAAGCACACAUGUUAACAAAUAAAUAAUGCCUAGUAAUUCAUACUUUUUUGUUGAAUUUUUUAUACUGACAUGUUAACAUGUGUCUGCCUCUUCAGGUUUUGGCUUUCAGUUGCUGGUGGACAUCAUUUGCCUCUGCUCCGUCUCUCACGUGGUGCAGCUCAGUAGUGGGGAUAAAGUAAUGUGCCCCCAACUCACCCCUGAGUUCCUGAGGUCAUCACAUGGCUGGCAGACACACCCUCCUGCCCAGUCAGCCCUGGGGGAGGACAACUCUGGAACCCAUCCUGCCCAGUGGAGUUACACUCUAUUCGGUAUUCACUCAGAGUUUGAAGGAGCGGGGCGCCCGGGCGAAAUGUAAGAGUCCUAACAAGACAACAGCUUUCUUGGUUGCCAUGGAUAUAUAUUUUUCUGCUGAAGGAAGAUACUUGCCCUUUUCUUUAGAGAAAAGACAAACCCACUUUGCACUUGCCAGUAUCACUUGUUCAUUAAGCUGAUGUAUAAGCCUUUGUCAGAGAUUUUCUUGCCCUACUUCUCUGAGUUCACCUCUCUCUCUCUCUCUCUCUCUCUCUCUCUCUCUCUCUCUCUCUCUCUCUCUCUCUCUCUCUCUCUCUCUCCCCCCCUGGUGUGUGUUUUUCUUCCACAGGAGACACCAGCGUAGCAACUAGCAGCGUGACCUGGCUCUGCUGGGCUACUUCAGCCAGUUGCAGUCCCCUGAACCAGGCUCCGUCAGACCCCUGCACGGCUUCACCCCCUACCAGGUAAGAAAUCAGAACAACUUUUAGAGAAGAAUGUAGCCACACUCUGUAGCGAUGAUGUAAUUGAUAAGUGCGGUGUUCUGCCGACCUGCACGCGCCAAAUCACUUUUAUUAAUAUCUGUGUAUGAUAAGCAUAUGAUUCAAGUCUGUAAUAUUUUUACCUUUUAGAAUAUUCUAAUAUACUAAUUCCACUAUGUCCCUCCCUUGUCCUCUCCAUGCAGGUUCCCCAUUCAGCAGUGGCUGUGGGUGUGACGCACUGUGAGGUGGCACCAACUCAUGUGCUCUACACUGCCAAUGCCAGUCUGGUGGGGCUGUGCUGUCUGAAUGAGAAGGUAUCAGGCAGGGCAGGCCCAGUUCUGAUCUCCCAAACCCCUGUCUGUCCCUGUGUGGGCUUUGGUAAGUAUAUAUACAAUACCAGUCAAAGGUUUGGACACACCUACUCAUUCAAGGGUUUUUCUUUAUUUUUACUAUUUUCUACAUUGUAGAAUAAUAGUGAAGACAUCAAAACUAUGAAAUAACACAUGGAAUCAUGUAGUAACCAGAAAAGUGUUAAACAAAUCAAAAUAUAUUUGAUGUUUGAGAUUCUUCAAAGUAGCCACCCUUUGCCUUGAUGACAGCUUUGCACACUCUUGGCAUUCUCUCAACCAGCUUCAUGAGGUAGUCACCUGGAAUGCAUUUCAAUUAACAGGUGUGCCUUGUUAAGUUAAAUUGUGGAAUUUCUUUCCUUAAUGCGUUUGAGCCAAUCAGUUGUGUUGUGACAACGUAGGGUUGGUAUACAGAAGAUAGCCCUAUUUGAUAAAAGAACAAGUCCAUAUUAUGGCAAGAACAGCUAAAAAAAGCAAAGAGAAACGACAGUCCAUCAUUACUUUAAGACAUGAAGGUCAGUCAAUAUGGAACAUUUCAAGAAUUUUGAAAGUUUCUUCAAGUGCAGUCGCAAAAACCAUCAAACGCUAUAAUGAAACUGGCUCUUAUGAGGACCGCCACAGGAAUGGAAGACCCAGAUUUACCUCUGCUGCAGGGGAUAAGUUCAUUAGAGUUACUUGCCUCAGAAAUUGCAGCCCAAAUAAAUGCUUCACAGAGUUCAAGUAACAGACACAUCUCAACAUCAACUGUUCAGAGGAGACUGCGUGAAUCAGGCCUUCAUGGUCGAAUUGCUGCAAAGAAACCACUACUAAAGGACACCAAUAAGAAGAAGAGACUUGCUUGGGCCAAGAAACACGAGCAAUGGACAUUAGACCAGUGGAAAUCUGUCCUUUGGUCUGUUGAGCCAGAUUUGCAUUCUGCAGCGAUACGGCAUCCCAUCUGGUUUGCGCUUAGUGGGAUUAUCAUUUGUUUUUCAACAGGACAAUGACCCAACACACCUCCAGGCUCUGUAAGGGCUAUUUGACCAAGAAGGAGAGUGAUGGAGUGCUGCAUCAGAUGACCUGGCCUCCACAAUCACCCGGCCUCAACCCAAUUGAGAUGGUUUGGGAUGGGUUGGACCGCAGAGUGGCGUGUGGUGCCAGGAUAACAACCUCUCCCUCAACGUGACCAAGACAAUGGAGAUGAUUGUGGACUACAGGAAGAAAAAAAAGAGGACUGAGCACGCCCCCAUUCUCAUCGACGGGGCUGUAGUGGAACAGGUUGAGAGCUUCAAGUUCCUUGGUGUCCACAUCACCAAUGAACUAUAAUGGUCCAAACACACCAAGAAAGCCUAUUCCCCCUCAGGAGACUGAAAAGAUUUGGCAUGGGUCCUCAGACCCUCAAAAGAUUCUACAGCUGCACCAUUGAGAGCAUCCUGACCGGUUGCAUCACCGCCUGGUAUGGCAACUGCUUGGCCUCCGACCCCAAGGCACUACAGAGGGUAGUGCGUACGGCCCAGUACAUCACUGGGGCCAAGCUUCCUGCCAUCCAGGACCUCUAUACCAGGCGGUGUCAGAGAAAGGCCCUCAAAAUUGUCAAAAACUCCAGCCACCCUAGUCAUAGACUGUUCUCUCUGCUACCGCACGGCAAGCGGUACCGGAGUGCCAAGUCUAGGUCCAAAAGACUUCUCAACAGCUUCUACCCCCAAGCCAUAAGACUCCUGAACAGCUAAUCAUGGCUACCCGGACUAUUUGCACUGCCCCCACCCCAUCUUUCUACGCUGCUGCUACUCUGUUAAUUAUUUAUGCAUAAUCACUUUAACUCUACCCACAUGUACAUAUUACUUCAACUACCUCAACUAGCCGGUGCCCCCGCACAUUGACUCUGCACCGGUACCCCCCUGUAUAUCUAGACUCCCUACUGUUAUUUUAUUUUACUUCAGCUCUUUUUUUCUCAACACUUUUUUGUUGUUCUAUUCUACUUUUUUUAUAAAAAAUAAAUGCACUGUUGGUUAAGGGCUGUAAGUAAGCAUUUCACUGUAAUGUCUGCACCUGUUGUAUUCAGCGCAUGUGGCCAAUAAAAUUUUAUUUUAUUUGAGAGUGAAGGACUGUUGGAAAAGCAUUCCAGGUGAAGCUGGUUGAGAGAAUGCCAAGAGUGUGCAAAGCUGUCAUCAAGGCAAAGGGUGGCUACUUUGAAGAAUCUCAAAUAUAAAAUAUAUUUUGGUUACUACAUGAUUCCAUAUGUGUUAUUUCAUAGUUUUGAUGUCUUCACUAUCAUUCUACAAUGUAGAAAAUAGUAAAAAUAAAGAAAAACCCUUGAAUGAGUAGGUGUGUCCAAACUUUUGACUGGUACUGUAGGUCUAUGCCCAUUACCCAUACACGUAACAGAGAAGGCUGGUGGGAGGAGCCAUAGGAGGACUGGCUCAUUGUAAUGGAAUUUAUUAUCUUCCAUUCCAGCCAUUACAAUGAGCCCGUCCUCCUAUAACUCCCCCCACCAGCCUCCUCUGACAUGUUAUAGUCUGUCACUGUUCUGUGUGGACAACUGUCAUCUAUUUAGCCCAGAACAGUAAUACCGUUUGGCAUCUCCCCAUCAUGGAUUAAUAACUCAUUGAAUUAAUGUUUGGAGGGAGGGAUAACAAAACUCUAAGGUGUGGGUAAUAUAUUAAAUUGCAUUUCUCUCUGGGAGAAUCUUAAUUGCAUUCUCCUCGCGUCCUCUCGCCUCCUUCUCAAAACCCAUUGGAUGAGAAAUCCAGAGGUCCUUCUCCAAUGGGUUUUGAGAAGGAGGCGAGGAGAGAGGAUGCGAGGAGUAUGCAGUUGAGGAUCUCCCUCUGUUCUCUGCAGGUGUCCUUCGGGGUGUGGACAUGGCACGUGGACUGUACUUCCUGGUUACACCUGUAGCUCCCUCAGUCCUCCGUCAGGUCAACUGUCUUCUGCUGGGUGCUGUCACACUGCCCAACAUCCUCCUCACAGGGCAGGUAAGACAAGAGGAUACAUCCCAAACAUUAAGCAAUCUAAACACUGCAGUGUUGUAUUCUCCGCUCCUCAAUCAUCUGUAAGAUGUCUUUGUUUGACUUUGACACUCAAAUAUCAACUAUUAUUAAACAUAUACAUGAAAAACUGCAAAAUCACAACUGCCCAAACCCAACCAUUCAAAUAUUUGCAGGACUGUCCUGUUCCUCUGUGUCGGUUUCAGCCUUUAGCUAUCAGGUUGUUUUGGUUCAGUCACUCAUUCUUGCUACAUAUCCUUGCUUUAUCUUCUUUCUGUUACAGACAGGAAUUGCGGGAGAGACUCCCUACGUCAAAACGGACUACAGCUUUGAGCUAACCGGUGCUGGGAAGAUUCACGUCUUCAAGGGGCUUGCAAGACCUGGCCAGAUGAAUAAAGCAAAAUGAUUGUUUUUGGGCGCAGAGACUAUGGUUUCACAGCAAGAAAUCUGAAUCUUUUUUACCUUCCUUGUUUACUGACUUCAAACACCAAGGCCAGAGUCAAGGCCGUUGAAUGUACAGAACAGAAGAGAAGGUUCAGGAGAUAGGAGGACUGUGGAGUUGCCGUGAGUGAGUGACUCCAGGCGUUCUUAAGCUCCAGACCACUCUUCUGAAGAUGGCUAUGGAUGUGAAGGCCACCUGCUUCUUGUAUGGGUCAAUUGGGUUGACCUUGUUCUUCAAUCACCAGAUAUUCUUUUGCCAGUGAUAUUUAAUAGUUUAGGAUGACUGUUUCAAAGUGUUCUAUGGACAAUAUCUAGACAUGCAGUUAAAUGUCUGCGUAUGAAAUGGCACCAUAUUACACUGGUAAAAAGUAGUGCACAAUAAAGGAAUAUUGUGUCAUUUCGUACACAAGCUAGGUUUCCAUCCAAUUGGUGACAGAUUUUCAUGCCAAUAUUCU